GCCACAGGUCAAUCAUCUUUCCACUUGCAUCAACAUUACCAAUCGCUAAUUCUUUGUCAUUACAUUCCUAACCACGCUGUAAAGGACAGAACAAAUUUAGUGCAUGUGGUCUACUGACUGUGAAUGUUAGCCAUACUCUUUAGUGACCAUGACAGAAGAUCAGGACCUGAUGGCCAAGAUCAGCCAGCUUGCUGGCCAGAUCAAUAGACACAAGACCCAAAACCCCCAGACAUCAAUGCCUUACGGUAGUGAUUACCAAUCAGGUCAUUAUGUAGCACGCCAUGUACCUUCUCGAGGGCGUCCCGGUUGGGCGCCAUACCGCGGACGACCGUAUGGGCGAGGCCGUGGCGCUGCUCCUCACCGACACCGUACACUCGUUCUCAACAAUACAGCGACACCAGGGACACCAGGUGGUGCGACACCCUCUACUAACUCUGGGAUGGAUGUUGAUAGUGAGAGUCGAUCGACAACGCCAAAUGGAUGGGUUGCCAAGCGCGACCGACACAUGCAGCUGAUAAACUCUGCUAUAUACGACCAAGAAGCGCAGGCGAGAGCGAAGGCUAUGGAAGAGAGUCGCAAGGCCAAGGAGCAGAAAAAAGCAGAUAUCGAGCGAGCCAAAGUACUCCGAUACGCGCAGGGUGUCGGUAGGCAGUAUCCCGGUCCCGCCGCUCCCCAGGUUGCUCCGGGGCCGUCGGCGGAGUAUCAGGUCUACCUCAACGACAUACCUUUCCGUGUUUCACGAGGCGGUAGUAAACUGAUUAGAGUGUCUGGUGCGGCUUUCUCUGCUGCCAUACUGACCAAGCGGGCUGGCUCACCGUUAAUAGAUGAUCCGCAUACUAUCAACAACACACCAAAGAGGGUAACCAUUGCUGGUGUUACAUUUGUUCGGAGCAAAAAUGGGAAUCUCCAUCGUCUUGGCGCGGUUACUUCGAAAAGAAAGCCCAACGCGACUAAGAAGGAUGAGCUUUGCCGAAGAUUCACUACGACCGGCACUUGCUACAAAGGACCAUCCUGUCUCUACGUUCAUGACCCAGAUAAGGUCGCGCUGUGCAAAGACUUCCUCCAAACUGGUGAUUGUGCCGCAGGUAUAAGUUGCGAUCUUUCCCAUGAACCUUCGCCCCACAGAUCCCCUACUUGUAUGCAUUUCCUCCGAGGUCGCUGCUCCAACCCGGAGUGCCGAUAUGCCCAUAUCCGUUUGACUCCUGGCGCACCCGUUUGCAGAGAUUUUGCAAAUUUGGGUUACUGUGAGAAAGGCGCUAAUUGCGACCAACGACAUGUACAUGAGUGUCCUGAUUACGCCAACACGGGUGUAUGCAACAAGAAACGUUGUCGCCUGCCCCAUGUUGAUCGUGCAGGACAGAUUCGGAAGAAUACUGGUGCUAACAAGGUCGAUGCCACGAACGACGACGACUCUGACGCCUCUAGCGAGGAUGAAGAGUACGAUGAAAUCGAUUCUGAUGAUGUUGACUCAGACGAUCUUGACGAGGAUGAGCCGGAACUCAUCAUAAAAACAGACGGCAGUAACGAUCUUUCGCAGCAGCAGGAUUUCAUCAGCUUCUAAUUGUACAUGCCCACUAACUGCACAUAGCUGCAAGAAUAGUGUAAUUGAGGAUUUGGUUUGUCUUAUCAGGGAAGAUGAUAAAAAAAAAGAAAAAGAAAAAGUGAGAGUGAGAGAAACAGGAAAGAAGAAGAAAAA